AUGGCGACGACGGCGACGGGCGACGACGGGCGAUGGGAAAUUGGCGGGAACUUUGACCGCGACGACGGCGCGGGACGGGCGCGAAGCGCGAUCGAAUCGAACCGCUCGAGCGCGCAAACGCGCGAUGGAUCGCUCGCGCGCAAGCGCGCGACGGAAAGCUCGCCGACGAACGUCCUGAGCGCGGGCUCGUGCGCGAGCUCCGAGACGAGCGAAGAUGGCGAUCGGGACGGGCUCGAUCGGGGAGGCGAGGAGACUCGGAAGUUUGGCGCGCGUAACGUGGCGGUGACGACGGAGUCGUUCGAGUCGAAGGGCGACAAACGCGAGGCGAGGUCACGGGAUGGGAGAUUGAUGCGCCCGAUAGCGCCGAGCGCGGAGAACGACGGGUUGCAAAAGCGCGUGAGCGAGCUGCGAACCGCCUUGAGAACGGCGGAACAAGUGCUAGAUAGAACGCAAAAUCGAUUAGAACUCGCGGAGGGGGCGAAACGAGCGGCGGAAGCUGAAUCGGCCACUUUACGCGCGCGCGUUUGGUCGCUCGAAGGCGCUGAAACGCUGGCGAAGGGCGCCGAGAGCGGUGGUUCUCUCGACUCUUUGCGAGGACGGCUGCUGAAGGAAGCGACGGUUGAACUCUCGUACGCCGUAAAGAUGACUUCUGCGGCCGAUCGUAAGGUUCAGAUCCUUCGCCAGGACUGCAAAAAAUUACAAGACACUGUCGCCGCGCUUUCCGCGGCUUCUGCGGCUGAACACGCUACGCUAUCGAUGGAACUGGAGCAAGCGCGAAUGCGCAUUCGCUCGGACGCUCGCGAAAUCGCCUCGCUCACGGAUAGAAUGAGACACGCCGAAGCGAACUCCGAUCGAUUGUGCGGGGCGGAUGAAUCAGCAAAUAAAGCCAUAUGUCAGUAUCAGGCGGCCGAGAAGGAGGCCCAGCAAGCGAAAGAAUCUUUGGCGGAGACGAUGCGCCACAACGAAUUUCUGCAAGGACGCGUGAACGAGCUCGAAGAGAUGGUCAAGUCUGACGGCACUGCACACUACGAUCAAGAAUUACGUCGCGUGCGAGAGCAUUUGGGUAAUGAAAUCGCGCGACUGAACGCAGAUUUGAAGCAGGAACGCUCUGGUCGAAAGGCGUUGGAGGUUGAAUUGCGCGGCGCGAUACAAACCGACACUCCAAAGCGCAUCGGUUCGACAGAGGACGCCGAGCUUGACGCGGAAAGAUCGAAGAACGCGGCAUUGGUGAUAGAAAUCGGAGAGUUGAAAGCGCGACUUGAACAAACUCACAGUCACAGUGGGUCUCCGCGUAAAGAUGACUGGUCCAAUGCCCUGGGCCUUGGCGGUGACGAGGAGGACGACGACGGGUCCGUCGAAGCGCUGAGUCCUUCAGGGACGCCGUCUCGAGUACGCGACGCCUUGUUGGCCGCUGCUCGUCUCGAGGUCCAGAAGCUUGGUGAAAUGAAUCGUAAGCUCGUGCAAGCGAAGCUCGCGGCGGAAAAUGAAAGCAUUUCCAAGGCAGAAUACGAAGCGGCGCUCACGCGACACAACGAAGCGUGGGCCUCCAAGGUCGCAGAAAUCGAAUUGGAAGUCACGAAAACCAAAGAACAGCUGGCGACGAUGCAAAUUCAAAACGAAAUACUCUCCAGAGAGGUCGAAACGAGCCGACUGGAGUUGGAUGAGACGAAAAUCGCCAAUCGCGAGCUCGAGUCGUCCCUUGUGUCUCGAACCUCGAACCAACAACAAACGACGGAUGAAGGAAGCUGGUUGAAGUUACUCCCGAGAAGGCACUCCAGCCCAGGCGUUUGUACUCAGCAAGAUAAUAAUUUAGUGUGCUUGGGAUCAUGGGCGAGUUUAGCGGGCAUGGACAACAGCAGUGAUGAUGAUCUGUGCCGCUUGGAGGAGAAUGACGUCGCCGAAGAAGCGACGCAAGAGUCCAUUGAACAACCUUCUCGCAAGCAAUUGCUGGAGGAGAAAUCUCGAAACAUCCGUGAAAGGUUAGCUUCGAGACGGAUUAAGCCACCUCUAAGCCCGUUGAAGUUAUCGGAACAAGCCAUGGAACGAUCUAUUCGUGAAGGUAGACUGGCCAUGGAAGCCAUGAAGGCGUCGAGAUCGUCUUUACUUCGCGCUUCGACGUCGUCUCUCAGGAAAGUGCUCUCUAAUACGAGUACGAUAGAUAGACGCGAUGGCGAAUGUUAA